AUGAACUCGACAGUUACCAACGAUGUCUCCAACUACAAUUUCAAAAGUUGGCCGAAUUUCCUGGCUGUGGUACUUAUGUUGCUGAACUCGUUAAUUGGACUACCGUUGAACAUUUCCAUUAUUCAAAAUUUUGUGACUUGCAAGAAAGAGCGAACUGUGUUCAAUAUGAUUUGUGCUUUCCGAGCAUCGAAUAACGUAUAUGUUUUAUUGGUGGUUAUGCUCGGAGUGUACGUUCCAGAGAGCUUAAUUGGGUACUCAUUUUACUCUCCAGCUGUUGAAAGCAUUCUUGUGACGUUUGGUACGAAUAUGCUAGUUUUCAACGAAUUUCAAAGUGUCUACUUAUCCUUCAAUCGAUUUUUCGUUAUGCUAUUUCCUUUAAAAUUUAGUUGGCUAUGGGGUUUGAAACUGACAUUGGUAUUGCAUAUUCUUUAUUAUAUAAACCGCAUCUGGAAUGUGGCUACGGAACACUUGAGUAGAAGUGAAAAUUCAAAUUUUAUGCUUUUUUCCAAUGAGCAUUUGGCGUAUAUCGGGCUUUUGUCUACACCUGAGCAUAUGCAAUUAUGGGCUGUUGCUUUAAUUGUUUUCCCACUUUCAAUAAACGCAGUCACAUACAUUCUGUUUCAUUAUAUGAAGAAAAAGACAAUCCGCGGAUCUCAACACCGGAGAAAAGCACGGAAAAAUGUGUUACAGUUUCUUCAGACUCGUUUGUUUUCUUCAAGACUCGUUGUUUUCAAUCACGGUCUUGUUUUCUCAGCUCGAUAACCUUUUUGAUCAUAGAAUCUGGACAUUCUUCUGCCAAACAUUUGUGUUGCAAUUCGUUCAUGUUCUUGAUGGAUUCAUUAUGAUGAUGUUCAACAAUCGACUGUCCCCAAUGAAAAAUAAAGUUCUCCGGAAAGUGAGCCCAUUGGAGUCUAUUGCUGUGAAGUGUGAUGACAGAAGAGCUAUUUCUAAUCUACCACCACCAUCUACAAGAUCAUAA